UUAGGGCUGUGCAGGACUGUGCAGGACAGCAGGUUUGGUGUUGCUUUUUGUCGUAUUCUCCGUGUUUGCCGAGCGUGUCCGGGCACAGACUGGUACAGGACGCCAGCGAGAGGAUGGUAUGGGAACUGCAUGAUCUGUGUCUCUCGCCUUCCCAGCCGGCACGCGCAGAGUCAGCACCCGGGGCUGACCGCGGCGUCAUUGCUAUAGCAGCGGUUUCUAGGUCACCAGUAACUUGGAGAUGCAAACAGCUAAAUCACAGGCGAGACUGGUGAACCAGUGAGUGUGCCAGCCGGGAGCCGAGGACGCAGGAGCUGAUUGAAGACCUACACAGUCCUUUACGGUUUCUGGUGUUCAGCAGCUAGUUUACCAUGACUACGGAAGUUCAGAUUGGAACCUGGAAACCCCACAGGCCUCGGGGUCCAAUUGCAGCUUUGUAUAGCAGCCCAGGUCCUAAAUAUGCCUUACCAGGAAAUACGGGUUAUGUGCAGCAUGAUCCACGUACAUAUCGAGCACCUGCAUAUAGCUUUGGCAGUCGUCAAUUCAAGUUGGUAGAAGACUGUUCUCCGGGACCAGGCUACUUGGUGCCAGCUAACAUCACCAUUAGGGGCAAAGAUGGUACACCGGCAUAUUCUGUCUAUGGAAGACCCAGGGAUCUCAACACCUUUAGGACUCCAGGACCAGGUAGUUAUUCUCCUGAACGUGCUGGAAAGUCGGCCUAUCGAUCAGCUCCAAAUUAUUCCCUAGGAGCAAGAACGAAAACAUUUAGUAAUGACCAGACACCAGGUCCAGCAGCAUAUGUGCUUCCCUCCGUACUGGGGCCAAAAGUUGUUAACACAUCAUCAGCACCAAACUACUCCAUGACUGGACGUAGCAAGAUUGGUAGCUUCCAUGAAGAUCUACAGAAAACACCUGGACCAGGAACAUAUCGGGUUGUUGAAGCAACAACAUGUAAAUAUAGACCACCUCAGUACAGCAUGACUGCCAGGCACUCCCUGCCUGGAGAUACCACACAGAAACCAGGCCCAGGGGCCUACAGUCCUGAGAAGGUGGUAAUGGUCCGGCCUCAUGCACCCAACUUUUCUUUUGGAAUCCGGCACUCAGAUUAUGUUGCACCAUUGAUUGUGGAUGUAGAAGAUUAACCAGUGGAUAAAAAGCAGAUCAGCACAAUGGCCCUCAUUCCGAGUUGUUCGCUCGUUAUUUUUCUUCGCAUCGCAGCGAUUUUCCGCUAAUUGCGCAUGCGCAAUGUUCGCACUGCGACUGCGCCAAGUAAAUUUGCUAAGAAGUUUGGUAUUUUCCUCACGGCAUUACAAGGUUUUUUCUUCGUUCUGGUGAUCGUAAUGUGAUCGACAGGAGGUGGGUGUUUCUGGGCGGAAACUGGCCGUUUUAUGGGAGUGUGUGAAAAAACGCUGCAGUUUCUGGGAAAAACGCGGGAGUGGCUGGAGAAACGGGGGAGUGUCUGGGCGAACGCUGGGUGUGUUUGUGACGUCAAACCAGGAACGAAACUGACUGAACUGAUCGCAGUGGCAGAGUAAGUCCCGAGCUACUCAGAAACUGCUAAGAAAUUUCUAUUCGCAAUUUUGAGAAUCUUUCGUUCGCAAUUUUGAUAAGCUAAGAUACACUCCCAGAGGGCGGCGGCUUAGCGUGUGCAAUGCUGCUAAAAGCAGCUUGCGAGCGAACAACUCGGAAUGAGGGCCAAUAUGUCAUCUUUUUCUGGUAACCAUCAAAUAUACUACAAAUAAAUAUCAAUCUGACAGCAACAA